AUGGUCCGGAAACUUGCGGUAGAGGUAGACAGCAAUAUCUACCUAGAGCGCAAAGAGGAACGUACCGCACGGCCACGUACUUACACAUCCAUUGCCACUGCUGCAACUACCGUCCGCGCUGAAGAAACGACACAACAAUACGGAGCUUGCCAUACAGGCCCACGCCCUCCCCUCACAGAUACCGAGAGAAACCGUCAGCGAACCCAUAACCUUUGUCUAUACUGCGGAGCAAACGACCAUUUGGUGGAAAGAUGUCAGCUCACAAAGGGACAACGCCGCCUCAACACCACGGCAUACGAGCCAGACACUGCAACCUCUAUACACCACAAGAACGAAUCUGUACGUACUCACACCCCCUACUCUGCUAAAUUGCAAACCUGGCGCCCCCCCACUGACUUCACCCCUAGGAUUAAAUCUCGACGUCCUCAACUCAAAGUCAAAGGGUCAGUGGGUGGAAAGGUAGUGCAUGCAUUAGUAGAUAGUGGUGCGGAAGAUAAUUUCAUCAAUAAAAAUAUUUUACCAGAACUUCAAAUCCAAAAGUCUACUCCUUUGUCCCAACCAAUUAUUGCUGCAGACGGCCACAUCAUCGUGCCUAGUGAUAAAGCAAGAAUUGUAGAAGUAGAAUGUAAAUUUAACAACCUCACAAAAGGUCAAUUCUCCUUUGUACCAGCUCCAUUGAAACAUCAAGAUGUCAUACUAGGUUACCCAUGGUUGCAACGCCUAAAUCCAAACAUUGAUUGGAUUACUGAUAAAAUAAAAUGCAACAAUCUCAUACCACAAAAGCGUCCCAUAAAAACACCAAUAAUAAAAACAAGGCCACGCACAUUUCCCUCCCCUCUCCGCACUGUAGGUCAAGGCUGGGGUGCACGCCCACUCAAUAACAGUAAAGCCAUCGCUAUGACAAAGCACGUUCGCAAACUCAUCCGCAAAAACACCAGUGUCCAACAAAACAACAGCCCCAAAACUGAGGAAAGAGUUCCCAUAAUUGAUUGGCAAAAAUUAUACCACACCCUAAAAUUGAACACCAUAUUGAAAGAACACGAGCCCGACACCUAUCAAACCCUACCUAACCACUAUACAAAUUUUAAAAAUGUUUUCUCAAAGCCAAAAGCUGAAGAACUAGCAAAAGAAAGGUCAAACGUGAACUGCGAGAUUAUUCUCAAGCCAGACGCCAAGAUGCGCCGCAGAAGAGUAUACAAGAUGUCUGAUACAGAACUCAGUCUACUCAAAACCUAUAUUGACGAUGGAAUCCAACAAGGAUGGAUCCGCAAAAGCAAAUCUCCUUGCGCCUGUCCAGUUAUGUUUCGAACUAAGCCGCAUGAUUCGGCCCUACGCUUUUGCGUGGACUACCGUGCCGUAAACGCCAAUACAGUCAAAAACGCUUACCCUUUGCCCCAAUUAGAUGACUACCUAAGCAAAAUGCACGGGGCUAAAUUCUUCACCAAACUCGAUCUUCGUAACGCCUUCCAUCUGCUACAAAUGAAAAAAGGUGAUGAGUGGAAAACUGCGUUUAUAAGCCAAUUCGGCCUCUACAAAUACCAAGUCAUGCCUUUCGGUCUUUGUAAUGCUCCAGCAACCUUUCAAGCAUGGAUGGACAGUAUUUUCCGAGAAUUAAGAGAAACUAUGAUGUGUUACCUUGAUGAUAUCCUCAUAUGGGGAGAAACCAAAGAACAAGUUAUCGAACGUACCCACAAAGUCCUUUAUAUCCUUGAAAAGAACGGCCUAUACGCCAAGCUUGAGAAAUGCGAGUUUGAAGUCACGAGAACAUGGUUUCUGGGUUACAAAAUCAAGCACAAUAGUAUCACAAUCUGCCCUUCUAGAAUAUCUCUUGUCACCGAGUGGCCUGAACCUAUCACUCUUGUUGGAAUUUGCCACAUUUCUUACGAUAAUUGGCAUUCCUUGCAAAUAUGA